CCUGGUAUUUAUCCCUCUGAUGUAUUUAUAGAGCACAAUCAUAUUUCCCUUCAGCUUUCUUUUAGUUAGGCUAAACAAGCCAAGCUCCUUGAGUCUCCUCUCAUAAGGUAGGUUUUCCAUUCCUCGGAUCAUCCUAGUAGCUCUUCCCUGCACCUGUUCCAGGACGGAAGCACAGCCUAUGGAGGCCACGUCCUAACCUGCGCUGCCCCAUCUUGUUCUGAGAUGGCAGCGGGCCGUGUUUCAGAACUCUCUAGGCUGUGCGGCCAUCCCCUGUCCUAAUCCUAAGGCAUGUAAACAGUAGGGCUUAUUUCUCCCCCGCCCUCAUCUACUUCAUUUUCCCAGCAAAGGAGCGAUAGUCUCAAAACAAACAAACAAAAAAUGUGCUUCAGAACCCAGAGUCAGUUCCUCACCAAAUAAGGAAGGUGGCAUUUUGGGUCUAACCUCGACAGUGUCCCUUUAAGCAGCCGACUGCUGAGUUUGCCUUUCCAGUUCAGAGUGCUGCUCUGUUCUGAACAGAGGGAUAUGGUUGGUGUCUCCCUGUGUGAGCUGGAGUUUGACUGAGUUCCUGCUGGGGAGAGCCUGUAUUCUGCAGAUGUCUGGCGUGUGGUCCAACAGCCCAUAGAAGACUGCAGGAGGAAUCCAGAAGAUGGGGAGUCUUGCUCUUUGUUUUAACAACGCCGCUGUUGCUUUAAAUUAAAUUCUGCUGUUGCAUUAAUCCUGAAACAGAAUUUUCGAGACCCCUUUAUUCUCCUCCCAUGUUAAUCAACGAAUGAGCCUGCAGCCGACCUUCCUGCUCCUGGGGACCCCGGAUAAAAGGUCGGAGGAUUCCAAACAGCAUUCACAACUUCUGUUUUUCUUUUCCAGAACUUGCGCCCAAUCGGUGAUGUUUCCAGCAUAGAGAGGGACUUGGGCACCCUGGCUUGUUUCUGCAGUGGGGAAUCCAGUCGGGCUGCGCAGGAUGGGUUUGGGUUUGGCCGUUUGAUCCUAUUUAUACACUAGCUCUAGCCCCCAUUUGUCUUCCUGACAGCUCUCCCGAAUUGAUGCUUGUGAACUUAAUUACAGCUCUGCUCUGCAGCAGGCAGGCAGGCACGCUCUUCACUGCAGUCUGCAGGUCCUGGCAGUCAGCACUCACACCCCACUCACAAUCAGGUGCACUUAGCCAAUGGUGCAGUGCGCAGGACCCUCAGUGGACCCUGCCUGCUGGCUGCCUGGCAUCAAUGCCCAGGCUCGGAAGCUGCAGAGGAACCGUGCAAAGGGCACCAUGACCCUGCUGACAGGAUGCAAGCGACACUCCACGCCACCCACCCUCCGACGCAGCGUGAGCGAGACCAGCCUCAGUCACGUGGGCUCGCCGGAGGAGGAGCAGCUCAAGAGACAUUACUCCACGCUGCCCGAGACCAUCCGCAGCCUGGAGAGCUCGAGGGAUGAGCAGCAGGCCCCCACGGCGGAGCGGAAUGGCAGCAGCGUGCGGUACUCCCUCUACCAGUCCCCUCACCUCCUACUCCUGCAGGGCUACAGCUACCAGCAUGAUAGCUUGGUUUACCUGCUGAACCGCGAGCAGCACACAGUGGGCCACCGGACUCAGUCCAGCAAACCCAGCAUCAGCCUCUUCGCCCCGGACAUCCUGCCCCUCCACUGCACCAUCAGGCGGCUCAAGCUGUCGAGCCGCUCCCGACACCGUUCGGAGGAGAAGCUGAUCCUUGAGCUCAUCCCGGGGGCCAGUGUGUCCGUCAACUUCUCCGAAGUGGGAAAGACCAUCGUGCUGCACCACGGAGACCUCCUGUCCCUGGGGCUUUACUACCUGCUGCUCUACAAGGACCCCACGAGGGCCCAGCCACUGCCUGCGCAGACGCUGAUGAGGCUGAAAUCUAUGCAUCGCGCCUCGGACCCUGAGGCCCCCGUGCUCUGUAAGAUGUGUGGCAGCCAGCUCAAGGAGAGGGGCCCCUCCUCCAAGAGGCACGGGCCCUCCCCCGCCUCAGGCCAAAGAUCAGCCAGGAAGAAGCUGCAGCUGGAGUUCGAGAGAGCUGCCGAGGACGUGCUGGUGAGAAGGAUCAUGACCUUGAUCGAGCCUGGGGGUGACGAUCACAAGUUGACACCGGCCUUCCUGUUGUGCCUCUGCAUCCAGCACUCCGCCACCAGCUUCGAGCCGGGCGACUUCGGCCAGCUGCUGCUCAAGUCAGCCAAGAUGAUUCAGAGGACGGUGUGGGAGAAAACGAAAGAGCUGGCCGAGAAGCAGUCCCAGCAUCAGGAUCCUGGAUCCCUGUCCCGCUUCACCGUCACAGACCUGGUCCCGGACCUGCAGCACAUUCUCUUCUGGAUGUCCAACUCCAUCGAGCUCCUGUACUUUAUCCAGCAGAAAUCCCCCACCUACAUCCAGAGCCUAGAGGAGGAGCUGGAUGUCAAGGGUUCUAAGGAGUCUCUGUUCUCUUCAACCAUCACAGCCAGCGAGGAAGCCAUGACAGUCCUAGAGGAAGUGAUCAUGUAUACUUUUCAGCAGUGUGUCUACUAUAUCUCCAAGUCUCUGUAUGUAUCUUUACCUGCCCUCCUGGAGUGUAACCCCUUCCAGAGUGAGGGCCAGGAAGGUUGGCGGGCAUCUUCCCAGUUGCCUGAAGAAAUACGCAGAGUUGUGUUGAUCUACCAGGCUACGCUGGACCUGCUCCACCAGUAUGAAGUGCACCCUGAAAUAGCCUCCCAGAUGUUUGCCUACCUCUUCUUCUUCUCCAACACUCUGCUCUUCAACCAGCUCAUGGACAAAGGCUCCACCUUGGGCUGCUUCCACUGGUCGAAAGGAGUGAGGAUCCGCGCCAGCCUGCGGCUCCUCCUGGAGUGGAUGCGGGGCGUGGGCUUCGGGCACCUGGCCGAGCAGUUCUUCAGCAAGCUCUCCAGCGUGGCUCACCUGCUGGCCAUGCCGAGCUCCCAGCUGGCGCAGAUGACCUGGCCAUUGCUGAGAGCCGAGUUCCCCAGCCUGAGUCCUGCUCAGCUCCAUCACAUCCUGACUCAGUACCAGGCAGCGUCCGAUGUGGGGUGUGUCGCGGCCUGGCAGCCCUGGCAGGAGGACAGCCCUGCAGCCUUCAGGACGGACGAAGUGCUGGAGUCCUUUGAUAACCACCCGCCCAUCGUCCUGCCAAGUGGAGGAUUUAAGGUGGACUUGGAGGUGGAGACGCUGGACGAUAAUGUGUACCGGCAUCUCCUGUACGUCCGUCACUUCCUGUGGAGUCUGCGGAGCAAGAGCCCCCACGCAAGUGACUUGCCAGAGUCAGAGCCCCUGAAGAAAGAAGUGCCCACCAGCCAAAACGCCCCCGAGGUGCCCGAGAACGCACUCACCUUGCCAGCCCUGGGCAAUUCCUUUGGCCAGUCGGAUUACAGACGCCCAGGAAGCUGUGCUGAAGCAGAGGCUGCUGGGAGCCCUCCGCUCCCCACAGAUCUGAGCAGAUCCCCCAGAGACUAUUACACCAGUGAGACACAGCUCCAAGAAAAACUCAAGCAUCUGCAACUGCACAGCAGCCUGGGGAAAACCCCCCUCUCCAAGGCCAGCGUGUUGCCAGUGGAUCCCUCCUGCUUACUGACCCCUCCCAAUACGCCUCUGAACUUUGACCCUGGAAGCCCGGAAUCCCCUCAGAGCACCGGCUGUGGGAAAGUCAUCCAGGACCCCAGGAAGGAUGGACUCAAUGGCACCAAAGCCACCACCCCUGAAGGAUGCUCUCCGAUGCCCUAUGACUAUCCCACGCCAGCUUCCUCCAGUCGCAGCUCAGCCACGGAUGAUUUCUGCUACGUCUUUGUGGUGGAGUUGGAAAAAGGGCCCAUUGGGCUGGGGAUGGGCCUCAUUGAUGGCUUGCACACUCCUUUGAACUCUCCGGGCAUCUACAUCAGGACCCUCAUCCAGGACAGUCCUGCAGCCUCAGAUGGCAGACUCUCCAUAGGAGACCGCAUCCUGGCUGUUAACGGCACCAGUCUGAUCGGAGCAGAUUACCAGAGUGCAGUGGAGCUCAUCCGGUCCGGAGGGAAGAAGCUGCGGUUUCUGGUUGCCAAGUCCGACAUGGAAAUAGCCAAGAAAAUCAGCUCCAGCUCCUCAUCGUCCUCUUAACGCUCAUGUUGCAAGGGCCUGUCCAUGGCCCCCAGCAAACGAAGCUGCUGCCAAGGCCAACUACACGAAACCUGGGGGGAUGGGCAGAGACUGUGCCUGGAACAUGGAGGAUCCAGUUGAAAUUGCACCAUUCCAGGACUAAAGAACUGUUCUCCAUUUGCUUUUCAGCCUGCUGGGGGUCUCUGUUCUGCUCUGCACUGCUGAGCGAGUGGGGGAGGGGGCUGUACAAUCCAAACACCCCUCCGCUCACAGCUGUAUCACCUGGGUUCAUUUUACACUGAUGUCCUUCCCCCUGCCAGCCUCAGCAUGGGGUUUGCAUAGCCCACCCCACACUCCUCUCGGCAGAGGGGAGAUCCCGUUCCAAGCAGGCAGAGUGCUCGUGGGCUCCACCGAGGUUAGGAACAAGCUAUUCCAUUCCUCUGCACUCAGUGGGCACGGCAGGGCUGGUAGUUGAGCUUGCCUGAUUGGGGGCGGGGGGCCCCAGUGGCUGCUAUUGCAAUUAUUGCGUUACUUAGCGCUGGGAGACUUUGAACACCUGGUGAUUAACAUAACAAUUACAGUUAUCGUAGGCCAGAACUGCCAGGGAACGUUUAUUACAAACGGAGGUUCCUGGGUGGCUGGGCUGUGAAAGGUGGCAGCAGAAUAUCCCUCUCACCCUUCAAGCUGGAUUCCCAGGGUUGGGGGUGUUUUACGUACUGAGAAAUGACAGAACAGCCUGGCUGCCGGAAAUGAUUGGGGGGCUGCACAGGCAGUAGCAAGCCCAGCUGUGACUUUACAAGGACAGGCUUUAGCACCGUAAGCUGACGUGUGGGGCUGUCGUGGUGGAACUGAUGUGUUACCUUCACUUCCUCCACAGCACAGCCUGAGAGUCAGUUCACCCUGCCCUAGUGUGGUGCCUUGCUGCUGCUACACUAGGCCCAUCACCCCUGGGCCCUGCACUGGGGAUAGAAAGUGGCUACAGCAGAGAGAAAACAGUGUGAGAGCAGCUGCAACCGCACCCAGGCUUGGCAAGAGGGUGCUGCUGGAAGGGUCCUUCUCCUUUCCUCAUCACCGUCCCACACCAGGGAGCGGGCUGCUCCCCUGCUCUGGCAUUGGCCCUGUUGCACAGGGGAGCUAGUGUUAAAUCUUCUCUGUGUCACUGAAGCUUCAACAGCUUUCAGCGACAUUGGCCUGGGCAGAGACUGUUACACUGUGAAGCCCCCAGCCCAGGUGAACUAAUGUGACCUCUUGCUUUGGUAAAGUACUCACAGGGGUACAACCUGCGCUCCAUUACAAAAUGGAGACAUGGCUGCACCCAGGCAGAGUGGCUGCUCUCUUUGGCUGCUCGGGUGAUGCCUUAUCCUAUGUAGGGGCAAGUCCAGGCUAUUGGAGAGACACGGUGCGGGAGGCAAUCUUUUUUACUGGACCAACUACUGUUGGAGAGAGAGAGAGAGAGACGCGCACGCGCACACACGCACACACACACACACAAAAAACACAGUUGAGCUACGCCGAGCUCUGCUUCAGGUCUGGGAGGGCACUGCUAACUACAAGAUCCAACAGACAGUUUAGCAUAAGUACUUACCACAUAUUCUAACCAUUCAAGGGGAAGCGGCCUGUUAACACCCCUGUAGUCAUGUAGGACAAAAAUGGGGCAUGGGGUUAGAUUGGUGGAAUAAGCCAGAAAUCCGUAGCAGGCAGCCCGUAGCUCAUUAGUAAGCGAAGAAGUCAAACCUCCCCCCCAUAAAGCGAAGGUCAUACUUUUGAAGGCACCGCUACUUUUGCAGCUGGACUUGACUAAGUGGAAAGGGCAGCAGUCAGAUGGCUAGUAGCCAAGUUGCAGGCCCCAGCAGGUAUGUAAAUCGAACUAAAAGUAGCUCUGGGGGUAGUUGAAUGUGGAUGCCAAAUCAGAGGUAGUUUUAAAAGGGGUAGCCAGUGCUGUAACAUACAGGCAGAGCUGGGGAGUGUGCCACGGGCCAGAUUCUGUCUCCCAUGCACCAUCCCAUCUUCUGCAUACCUCGGCUGCUCAGAACUGCCUGCAACUGCCAUGCUGCUGAUGUUAAACAAUGUCUGGCCUUGAAAGAGACAUUCCCUUUUUGGAAAGUCAGUCACAGCUUGAACUGCUUAUUCCCAAGAGCCCACACAAAUCACUCUGCUCUCUCCUGCCAGCAGCAAAGCAAGGCGGCUGCUCUACCAUGUGGGGAAAUGUUUUAAGUGCAAGUAUAUUCUUCCAGGCUGUUGUAGAUGAGCUCUGUGUGUGGGUUAGCAAGCACAGAGAGAGAAAACCCUCCCCUCUGAAGCCAAUGGUAAAACCACAAACUAAUCACUGUAAGGUGGAAGUGCGGGGUUAGCCCACCCACCAUGCCACAGGGUUCUGUGCAGCCCCAUGGGCAAGGCAUCUAAACCCCCACUGCAGCUCUCCAGGCUGACAGAAAUAACCACAGAAGGCUAGAGUCUGGCUUCUGUGCUGUGGCAUACUCAGAACACCUGGGCGAGGCCACCUGCACAGCAGUGACUAGAGAUACCCUUUAAUUGGAACAGAAGCAGGUAACCGCAGGAAGACAGCUCAAGGCUCUUGCUGCCUUAUUAAUGGUCAAAAGAACUGUGAACAUUAGCUUGACCUUCCUCCACUGAGCCCUGGAAGCACCCUCCCGUCCAUGCCCCUGCCAGCUGAGGGCUGCAGAGACAGGCACAAGAACUGCCCUCGAGCCUCCAGGGAAUCAUGGAGAUCCCCCUGCAGCCCCGCUUGUCCCAGCCCAGGGUGCAAGAGCCUGAGUUUGCAGCAUGACAAAGCAGGCCCAGCUAUGGCUUGAUUCAGCAGUACCAGAGCAGGCCACACACAUACUGCUCUCCAGCUUUGCAGCCCGCCCCCCUAAGGAGAACAGCAUAACUCACCCCACAGGCGACUCAGCCAGCCUCCACAGCUGGAUGGGAAGCACCAAGCAGUCAGUCCCCAACUGUCUCUAGUUAGCACUGCAUACUCUGCUAAAUAUUCCUAUUGCCUGAGUGCAAAGUCAGGGGCCCCUGGAGGGCACACGCUCGCUGCCAGCAGCAGAAAGUAGGGUUACCAUACGUCUGGUUUUUCCCGGACACGUCCGGCUUUUGGGUAAUCAAACCCCUGUCCGGGGGG